AUGUUUUUUGAUUAUAGUACAGCACAAAUAAUCUUCCUAGAUAGCUAUGGAAAUAUAUAUACCUAUAACUUAUACACUGAUUUAUCAGUCAGAAUCUACAGCAUUAAUACCAUAUAUCAAAUUGAUUACAGUCUAAUAGGGUAUUUCUAUGAAGCAUAAUUAAAUGAACCAAAUAAUUUGUAUACCACUAUUCCAAUAAAUAAUCAAGAUUAGAAACUAGAAUUUUUAUUUUUCAACAGUGAUAAUGUUAUGUUCAGGUAUUCAAAAUACAGUCUAAUUUUUGAAAAUAUUAUAAACGGUUCUUAAAUAGUAGAUUCUAUGUACUAUUUUUCUUCUGAUACUUUAAUAAUAGCAUAAAAAGACUAGAUUAUUUUCUAUCAAAAUUACUAAAAUUCAAAAGACAAUAAUCUUAUACCUUAGAUGAAGAUUUUAUAAUAAAUUAAAUUCUUCAAAUUUUUAUAAUAUAACGUAUAUCUUACAUACGAUAAAAAAUUAAUUUACUGUAACAUCCUAACAGGAGAAGUAAUCAGCACUAUAUAGCUUGAAGCAUCUGUCAUAAUAACUUAACAUAUUUGCAGUAAAGACCAAAAUAUAGUUUUUAUUGGAUUAAGUAAUGGUUAGGUAUUAUAAUUUAAUUUGAAGGAUUUAAGUUAACAAUACUACUCUAUAUAGAAUAAAAAUUAAAUUAAUACUUCAAUAAUUUCUAUGAUUUUGUAAGAAACCUAAUAAUAAACUAAGACUGCUUACUUUGCUACUAACGGUGGUAGUUUGCUUGUUGUAGAUAUUAUCAACAAAAAUCUAUUAUCGGAAUAAAAUCUAACAUUUUUAGUAAUGGAAGAUGCAUCCAAUAUCUUAGUCGAUUUUGUGCUUGAUGUAAUGUACACAAGAUACAUUUUCAUUUUUAGUGGAUAAAAAAAGGCCUACACUUGGAAUUUCUCUUCAAAUUAACAAGAAUAGUUUUUGGCUCUUACAUAAAAUUAAGGAAAUAAAAUAAUGAUAUCAUAAAACUAUUUAAUAUCUUUUUGCCCUUUUUAGCUGAAUAUUUAUUUAGUUUCUGAUUAAAUAACAUUAAUGACAGUUAUCAAAAGAAAUUUUAUAAGUGACUAUAUCACAGAUUAUGAAUUAAUAAAUAAUAAUAUUAUUGCCAUCUUUUUUAUAUCUAAAUUUGAAGUUUUUUUACUUUAAAAUGGCUCUAAUAAUCUAAUUUAUUAAUAACAAUAUAACUAUCCAAGAUAUAUGGGAUCAAUUUACAAUCAAGCAGAUAAUAUUUUAACAAUAUUUGGGUUACAUAAAGGUGGAGUUUUUGAAAAUAAUUUUAGUAUAUCCAUGUACUAAAGUAAUGAGAUCUUCUACUUAGAAUUAAUAAAUUUGGACCAAUUUAAUUUAUUUAUAAGUAACAAAUGA